AUGCGCUGCCACUACGAGGUGCUGGGCGUCGCCCGCGACAUCUCGGCCGCGGACCUCCGCAAGGCCUUCUUCAAGCUCGCGCUGAAGUGGCAUCCGGACAAGAUCAAGCCCGACCAGAACGUCGAGGAGGCGACGACCAUCUUCCAGGAGAUCCAAAGCGCGUACGAAGUGCUGAGCGACCCUCAAGAGCGGCAAUGGUACGACGACCACCGCGAGCAAAUCCUCCGCGGCGACGACGGCGACGACCAUGCGACCGAAGAAGAUCCGCUCGACCUCAUGCGCUACUUCAGCCCGACGGUCUACAAGGGCUUCAAGGACGACGACGUUGGCUUCUACAGCGUGUACCGCACCCUCUUUGAGCAGAUCGAUGCGCUCGACCAAGAGGCGCGCGGUGACAAGCUUGCGGCCCCGUCGUUUGGCUCGUCCAAGUCGAACGUGGCGACCGACGUCAACAGCUUUUACAAUUACUGGCGCGCGUAUGCGACGGACCGGUCGUUCAGCUGGCUCGACUUGUACAAGACGACGGACGCGCCGACGCGCGAGAUCCGCCGGCUCAUGGAGAAGGACAACAAGAAGGCGCGGGACGGUGGCAAAAAGGCCUUUAGCGCCAACGUGCGCGCGCUUGUCGAGUUUGUCCGCAAGCGCGACAAGCGCAUGGCCAAGUACCUCAAGGAGCUCGAGGCUGCAAAGGAAGCCGCGGCGAAGGAGAAGGAAGCGCUCGCCAAGGAGAAGCGCGCGGCCUUCGAGGCCGAGAAGGCGUCGUUCCAGGCGCAGUGGGAAGCCGACGACGACGUCGUCCACGCGCACGUCGAGGCGCAAGUCCGCGCCGAGGUCGCCAAGCGCGUCGCCAAGCAAGAGGCGAUGAUCCUCGUUUGCGACCUCUGCAAGAAAGAGUUCAAGUCGGAGAAGCAGGUCGAGAACCAUCUGAAAUCCAAAAAGCACCGCGAGCAAAUGAUUGCCAGCGGCCUCGACCCGUCGAUGCUCGACGAGCUGCUCGAGCUCGAGAGCAGCGAGAGCGCCGUGCCGGGCGCCGCCCGCGACGACGACGACGAGGGCGCGAAGAAGCCGAGUGCCAAGAAGGAGAUGAAGGCCGUUAAAGUCGCGGAAGAGGACGAAGCGAAGCGGAGAGAGCGCGAAGAGAAAGACAAGAAGGCCGCCGAGAAGCGCGCCGAGCGCAAGGAGAAGCGCAAGACGACCAAGAAGGACGACGGGAAGAAGGAGGUGCCGAAGAAAGACGAGUUGGACGACGACGACGAGUUCCCGUGUGGCUCGUGUGCCAUGGCCUUCCCGACGCUCAAGAUGCUGCAAAAGCACACCAAGAAGGAAGGCCACGAAGAGCCCAAGCGACGAAAGUAGAGGAAACCUGCCGGAGCGCCGUCUCGUCCCAACCAC